AUGUAUCAAACCGCAAAGGAGAUCGAGCUCCAAACGCGUGAAGGUCAGCUUCGAAACCGUGAAUUGGAGCUUGAACGCGAAAAGCACGAGCUUCAACUUCAACGAAGCAAAGCCGAGGUCGAAAAUUAUGAGCUUAGAAUCGAACGACGCAAAGCUGAAUUCAAAAUGGAGGAGCUUAACAUGAAUAUCGACAAAGCAGAACUCCAAAAGAAGGAAACUGAACUCAAGGAAAAGAUAGGAAAGCUCGAAAAAAUGGAAACCGAGUUCCAGAAAAAUGGAGCAGACAUAAUCAGGCUGGCGAUAUCCAAGAAGUUCAGGCGUGGUAUGGAAGGCACGAAGGAACACGAACUCAAACAGAGUAGAGAUAUAAAUGCUCUUCAGCGAUGUCGAUAUGAACGCUACGUGUACGAACAAGACCUCGACGAGGCAGAGGAUCGUUUGGCGGAGUUCCUCGACUUGGAGACCGGACUCCGAGAGAUUGCUCAACGGGAAAUAUGUUUGAGAGGACAAUUUGCACAAGAUCCAACGAGACUGGAGGAAGCGUUCGAAGCCACACAGAAGGAAUACAAACGACUUGAGCACGAGUGGUGGAUGAUCCGGGAUUCCUUCUCCGGGCCUUUGGAGCGAGGCUUUGAGCUCUGGCGGAGAAAUCCCAAAUGGUAUUUGCAUCGCGUUCUGCGGGAGGACUGUGCGGGCAGAGGAGGCUGCUGUGGGCGUGACUGUGGAUGCUGCCUUGAACGCAAGCUGGACUGGGAUCGCGAGCGUGCAGCUGGGCACUGCACUGUCGAGUGUGGUUGUUGUCAGAACGCUCGGGGAUUUGACCUUUCUGAGGAUGAAAAGAAGAAGUUCUCGAUUCGAUACGCGGUCUCACAGGACGAUGAGAGGAGCCUCGACUUGAAGGAUAUCCGACUGAAGAACCUCGAACUGAAAAACCUCGAACUGCAACAUGUGCUUUCUGAAGAAGCACUGAAGGACACUUUGAUGCAGUAUGAGUUCCCUGACGGUGAAAUUGCCAAAUAUGAACAAUACACAAAUGAAGCUGAGUUCACCGACUAUGACUCCGACGAUGAUGACUCGGGGUGUCCUGCGAAUCAGGUGGAGGAUCCGUACUAUCGUCGAAUCUCCCAAGCUUCGAUCUGGGGAUUAGUAGAUGGGAACUUUGAGAACCCGUUUGACUUGAUCGACGAAAGACCGACCCGGGAACCGACAUGGCAGCUUGUGGCUGGCCAGGAGGAAAAUGAUUCGACGAUGACAGAAUCGGAUUAUUAG